AUGUCGGCGCAGAAGCAUUCAGGUGCCUCAGGUCUCGAAAUCCUUUACGAGCCUGACUGGACGCAGACGCACAGUCAUCGCGUCGGUACUCGCGGGCGCGAUGCUCGAUUCAUCGGCUUGACUCACGGCGGGGAUGAAAAGGUUCAGGAGCUGGAAGGAAUCGCGGAGGAAACGCUUGGCGAGCUCCGUAGCAAGGUGAAGAAAGGAGAAUUGGUUACUGUUCGGGAUAUCAUGCAAAGACAAAUCGAUUUUCAUUUGGAAAAGCCGGAUGUACACCCAAAGUUCUGGCGGUAUGUCCUACAUACUACAGAGGGUUUCAUUAAGCAAGAUCAGCCGUGGCCGAUCAAUCAGAAAAAAAAAGCGGAAGCGGAGAAGAAAGCAAAGGAGAAGGAGCAGAAAGAGAGGAAAUUGAAGGAGGAGGAAAAAAAGAAUCAACAGAAGCAGGGGGAUAGCACCCAGGGAAGACAGGAUGAAAAGAAGGAUCAAGAGGAUGAAGCACAGAAGGACGAGAGGAAAACAAAACGCUCAGUAGAAGAGGAGUCGCUGCUGCAGUGCCUCCAAUAUGAACAAAAGUACCGGUCCUCAAUAAGGCAAAAUGAUGGCAAGGGUCGCUCUCCACACUACAACGAGGAUCUCCCUCAGCAAAUAGAUGAGGCUGACCAGUUCUCCCCGGAUAGUUGGAUCCCUCGCAGUGACAAAUUGAUCCGACUUACGGGAAAGCACCCGCUGAAUGCAGAGGUUAACCUGACUACUCUCUUUGAUGCCGGGUUCACCACGCCAUCACCAGUACAUUACGUUCGGAAUCACGGUGCUGUUCCACAUCUGCUCUGGGAAAACCACAAGGUUGAGAUAACUGCUGGCAAAACAUUGACCUUGGACAUGGAGGAGCUGACAAACCGGUUCACCAGCAUUAAUAUACCGGUAUUCAUCGCUUGUGAUGGCAACCGCAGGAAGGAACUGAAUAUGAUUCGGAAAACGAGGGCUUUCAACUACACCGCUGCUGCCGGUGGUUGUGCUUAUUGGAAAGGAGUAUUACUGCGAGACGUCCUACUAGAAGCAGAUAUUCAGUCACUCAUGGAGAAAGCUUCCCACAAACGAUACUGGGUCAAUUACGAAGGCGCCGACGAACUUAGCGAAGGGAAGUACGCCUCUUGUACUCCGCUUGAAUACGUUAUGGACCCGACCAACGAUGUGAUGCUCGCUUAUGAGAUGAACGACCAUCCAAUUCCCCCGGAUCAUGGAUACCCACUGCGACUGAUACUUCCUGGCUGGGUGGGAGCACGGUCUGUAAAGUGGCUAGCAAAAGUUUGGGUUACUGACUAUGAAAACAACAGCCAUUACUUUAUUUACGACAACCGGCAACUUCCCAGUUUUGUAACAGACCCUAGCUCGGACAUUGCACAGAUUAUGUACCAUCAUCCAAGUACUCAGUGCAGCACACAGAUGCUGAACUCUGUCAUCGUGCGGCCAAGUCAGGGCGAGCAGAUCAAGCUGGUUGACGUGAAAAAGGGCAAGAUUUACAAAAUCGAGGGCUUCGCCUACAGUGGAAACGGCAAUGAGGUUGCUCGAGUGGAGAUAAGUUUGAAUGGGGGAAUUGACUGGCUUUACUGUGUCCGGAAGUUUCCAGAAGCGCCGAUUCGGCAUGGUAGGAAAUUUUGGACCUGGCUGCACUGGCAUAUUGACCUGGACAUCAGCAAGCUUAUCCGUGCACAGAGCAUAAUGGUUCGCGCGGUUGAUGAGCAUAGAAAUACGCAGCCUCCAAAACCGAUAUGGAACAUUGAAGGUAUGAUGAACAACUGCUGGUAUGAAGUAAAACCUGAAAUCAUCGAGAACCCAGAUGAUGAGGAAGCAUAUCUACUCUUCCGACACCCUGUUGACGCGGGUAAUGGCAUGGAUGGAUGGAUGAAGCCAUCCACGGAAGAGAAGAUUGAGGAGGUCAAACGGAAAGCAUCUAGUCCAGAGAAACAAUUUACUCGUCUGGAAAUAGAAAAACAUCACACAGAGGAUGACUGUUGGAUUGUCGUGGAUGGCAAUGUAUACGAUGCAACUAGUGUCUUAGGCUGGCAUCCUGGUGGUAAAGGGCCUAUUAUGGCACACGCUGGCGCUGUGCACAUGGACACAACCGACGAGUUUAUGAGUAUUCACGAUGAUUACGCCCAAAGCAAACUGAAAGAUUGCAUUAUUGGGAAAGUAACAGAGAAGGCAAUGGAUUAUAUGAAACGGAUUGCCCAGCAGAAAGACGAAGACAACUCACAAACAGGCAAGGGAAACUCUAAUGCAGCGCUGAAUGAACACAAGUGGACCCAAGCAAAAUUGAUCAAGACAAAGCGUUUGUCAGACGAUACCCAACAAUACUCAUUUGCACUCCCACCUCCAGCCAAAAAACUUGGCCUAGAAACAGGCCAGCAUAUUCAAGUUGGUUUUCAUUUUGAAGAUCGACUGGUUGUGCGGCCGUACACACCAGUACGGCCCGUUCUGGACGACGAGGAAGACGGUACUUUCGACCUAGUUGUCAAAACGUACUUUCCAGAUCAAGAUCAGCCUGGUGGUACCAUUAGCAACAUACUCGAUUGCCUCCGAGAGGGCGAAGAGAUUGAGAUUAAGGGGCCCUCUGGUGGAAUUCGUUAUAAGGGUCAUGGUCAUCUUGCUGUUGAUGACAAAGAAUACGCAUUUGACAACAUCUCCUUGAUCCUCGGCGGAUCAGGUGUGACUCCGGGGUAUCAGAUCAUUGCACGAAUACUGAAGGACAAGGAAGACAAGACGAGGCUCAAAGUAAUUGAUGCAAACAAGUCAGAAAAUGAUAUCCUGAUGAGGAAAGAACUUACUGAGUUUUCGGAGAGCUCUAAAGGUCAGUUCGAGAUUGCGCAUGUGCUAUCACAUCCCAGCGAUGAGUGGAAGGGCCUCAGCGGCUUUGUCAACGAGGAUAUCAUUAAACAGCACGCCUUCGAGCCCAGCGACAAGAAUGCGGUCCUUCUCUGCGGGCCGCCUACCAUGAUUCAAAAGGCAGUCUUGCCUGUUUUGAAGGACUGGGGAUAUGAUGAAGACCGCAAUUUGUUUGGCUUUUAG